AUGUACAACCCUUUUAAACCUGAUGUACAACCACACACUUACACCCUAAUAAAACUCAUUCUAAGCCUGCUGCGACCACGUCUCCUUCAUCUCCUUCCUCUUUCUCUCGCUGACUUACUCCUCCGGUGCAUCUCUCUUCUACACCGGUCACCUCCUACUGGAGAAGCCAUCAUUACCGGAAAAAGAUCGAGAACAAGAACGCAUCACCAACGUUACUCCUCUAGACAACUACAUCUCCUCUCUUUCUUUCUCUGUUUCGCUCAAACCCUACACCAGCCACCACCGCUAUGUUUUCCGACAAUGUCUUUAACGAGUAAGCCACCAUCGCCACCAGCAGGGUUUUGA